AUGUUCAUGAACAGCACGGUGAUCUAUCGCACCCUUUUCCCAGAGUCGGCCAUCCUGGACAAAGGGCUCCUUCGGCGUUUGCUUCGGCUGCUGCCGGAGGGCGCCAGCUUGGCCGACUUCGGUGCCCUCGACGGCCAGUACUCGAGGUGGCUAAACGACACUGGCUGGGUCACUGCCUUUGCGUUUGACGGCGUCCCGGGGGUCACGGACAUCACCGACGGCCGCGUCACCGAGGUCGACCUCGCGGAAGAGCUGCACAUCGACUGGCAUCCCGAGCCGUUUGACUGGGUCCUAUGCUUGGAGGUCGCCGAGCACAUUCCGCCCGAGCUGGAGCAGCAGUUCCUCAGAAACCUAG